AUGAACCCCGCGGCCGCGGCCCCGCCGCCGGGGCAGCAGGUAAUCCACGUCACGCAGGACCUGGACACGGAGCUGGAGGCGCUUUUCAACGCGGUGAUGAACCCCAGGCCCAGCUCCUGGCGGAAGAAGAUCCUGCCCGAGUCUUUCUUCAGGGAGCCCGACUCGGGCUCGCACUCGCGGCAGUCGAGCACGGACUCGGGCGGGCCCCCGCCGCGCCUGCCGCCCGUGCACGUCCGCUCGCACUCCUCGCCCGCCUCGCUGCCCGGCGCGGGCGCGGCGCCGCAGCACGGGCACCUCCGGCAGCGCUCCUGCGAUGUCACGGACGAGCGGCCGCUGCCGCCGGGCUGGGAGAUGGCGCUCACGCAGACCGGGCAGCGCUACUUCCUCAAUCAUAUAGAAAAAAUUACAACGUGGCAAGAUCCCCGAAAACCUGUGAGCCAGCCGCUGAAUCACGUUAGCCACCAUCCUGCAGCCACGUCCACCCCAGCCCCACAGAGGACCAUGGCAAUGUCCCAGCCAAAUCUCAUGCUGAGCGCCGCCCCGCCGCCCGCGCUGCUCGCCCUGCCCUCCGCGCUGGCCUCGCAGCAGCAGCAGCAGCAGCAGCAGCAGCACAAACUGCGGCUCCAGAGGAUCCAGAUGGAGAGGGAGCGGAUUCGCAUGCGUCAGGAGGAGUUACUGCGACAGGAGGCUGCUCUUUGCAGACAACUUCCUAUGGACCCAGAAAACAUGGUCCCAGUUCAGACAGCUGUGAACACCCCUGCCAUGACACAGGACAUGAGGCCUAUUACAAAUAAUGGAUCUGAUCCUUUCUUGAACAGUGGGCCAUACCACUCCAGGGAGCAGAGCACAGACAGUGGCUUGGGAUUGGGAUGCUACAGUAUACCAACAACACCUGAAGAUUUCCUCAGCAACGUAGAUGAGAUGGAUACAGGAGAAGCUAUGGCACAGACAGCCAUGAGCAUGAACGCCCAGCAAACGCGUUUCCCCGAUUUCCUCGACUGCCUUCCCGGGACAAACGUCGACCUUGGCACUCUGGAGUCAGAAGACUUGAUCCCAAUUCUCAACGACGUGGAGUCAGUGCUUAACAAAAACGAGCCCUUCCUUACCUGGCUGUAAUCAGGCAGUGCUCGUUGGGCCUGCAGUGCAAUUCAGAUUUCUUUUUCCUCUUGGGGUAGGCAUAGAAUAUCUGAAUAUCCUCAAGAGAUACAACAUCCUGCCCUAGUGACUUCUGUUACAUCAUCUUUGUGGUCAGUUUAAUAUCUGCCUGAAUUUGAGUGAUACUAAUUUAAGUAUGAAAUACAUUUAUAUAUAUAUAUAAAAUACAUACAUGGAUAUAUAUUUCUUUAAAAAAACCCAUACCACUUUACACAACUGUGUAGUUUUUUACCUUCCCAAACCAGGCAGAAACGCUUCACUUUCAGGACAGAAAGUUGCUGAUGUUUGUGCAUAUCCCUGACUGAUCUCCUGGGUACUGAUGGACAUCGCAGACCCUUUGUGGAUCAGGAAAGCUAACUCCUAGGUCACUUGGUUCAAAAGAAGUGCAAAGCAUCAGGGAAUGAGAGCAUUUUUAUUAUUAUCUUUAUGACAAUACUAUGAGAAGCUUUUUUAUAUCAACUUACUUAAGCCUUAAAAAGCUUUUUUAGUUCUUAGUGACUAACUGUUCUAUAUAGAAUGCAGUUCAAAUAUGAUCCAUAUCAAGCAUAAUAAUUCCCAUUAUAUAUUUGUGAAGGCACAAACAAUACUAUAGCAGUUUCUUUUUUUCAGUAAAUUACUGUAUAGUUUUCAGAAAAUAAUUACUUCUAGUCUCAAAGUACCAGCAUUGUUUAGCAACAUUUUUACACUACAAUAUUGUUACAAAAUAAACCAGGCUGGUACUGACUGUUGCCUUUUAAAAACAAAGAAAUGUAUUAUAAACAAGCAUUUUUUAAAAAUUCCUAGAUUUUUUAGUUUAUUAUAUUAAGCACUACAGUUUUGUAACUUAACACAUGAACAAGCAAUUUUUUAUGUAUAUAAAAUCUGUGGCACGUAUCUUAAGUGCAAAAAUAUUCUUUUAAAAUCAGUUCUGGAAAAUGUGGCACAACUUGUUAACGUCACACAUAGAGGGAGAAAAGCUUCCUCAAACUGUUUUCAGUGAUGUCUUUACUGACAGUGUAAAAAUACAUGUAGUUCUAUACAUGAAAAAGAACCAGGAACUUUAUCAGGGCACUGCUAAAGCAGCAUUGGGACUCACCUGGUAAAGCUGCUGAGUUUUUAUGUCUUUCACUUCCCAUAACUGCUGCACAGGACACGAGGCAUGUGCUGUGUGGUUUUGCCUGUUAUAAAUCCUACAAACUUCCUUGUCAGAGGUUUGGGACUGAGAAGACAUCAAGAGCAUUAAGUCUGCAGUUCCCCUGAAAUGCAAAUGAAGUCCUGAAUAUUCUUAAAUGUUUUAAAAUUAUCUUAUUUAUAAUUAAUGGAUAUAAGCAUUUUGUAUUGAAGAAUAGGUAAUUUUAUGAGAGGCAUUAUAACUUUUCUCUAAGCUUAAUCCAGGCUAUGUAAAGAGAAGAAGAGAUGUAGCACUAAGUGUAAAUGUGUGUUUGCCAGGUCUGAUAACACUUAUCAAGAUCUUACUGAUGCAUCAGAAUAUUGACCCUUAAAGACCUUUUUCCAUCUGGUUGGGUGAAGGUAGGUGAAAAGGUCAGCGCUGAAGUGGUGGGAAUACAGAGUAGAUUUGGAAGAUGAAUGAUGAGGUAAUAAAUGUAGAUCCUUGCUGGGAAGGAUGGCUGCAGACAGGGAUGCAUAGCAAAUGAAUCUCCGCUGUUCAGUGAAAAACAUCAGAAAAGCACUCAAUAAAGUAAAGUGUCUGUGAGGAACUUCCAAGUGUACAUGGUGUCACAGGAUGGAAAAUAAAAAGCACACACAUCUGAAAUUUUGAAAAAUGAGAUAUUGGGCAAAGACCUACAGCUGUGAGGUUUUACAACAUAGCAAAAAGUAGCUUUUUUAAAAUGUUCUCGUUUUGUUUUUUUUUUUUAAUAGAAAAAGAGAUGCAACAGCAGAGUUGUGUCUGCACAGAAUUUAAUCACUGAAUGGGCAUUGUGUUUCUUUUAUUCUUUUGGGGUGUUAUUAGUUGUUGGUUUUUUUUUUUUAUUCUUGCUAGUUUUGCUAACUGUUGAGAUAGCAUAAACUUCUUUUCAAUAAACAGGGGACCGGGCAGGGCUGACCAAUAUUACUGUAAUUAGUUUUAAUCUCCCUCUUUAAGGAUUUCUUCAGGUUGUCAGCCUAAAUGAAAAGCAGAUGGUCCUAAGGCUUUGUUGUUUAGUACCAUGACUGAUGUUGGUAAGGAACUGGAGAUUUUCUGGCCGUGUCACCAGCGCUGCUCCUGUGGCAUCAGGAGUGACACCACUGGUGCUGGAAGGAUCCCCAGCAGCUGCAGACCCAUGCACUGCUGUCACCAGGUGGUCGUGCUGUCAGCAGCUUACCUUGAGAGAAUGCAGUUUGUUCAUCUGCUGGCAGCUCUGCACCACUGGACGUGUGAGUUUGUCAUAGCAGAAGAUGUUCUGAGCAGGUUGGCAGCUCUGUCAGGUGGCUGGUGCUGAUUCCUGCCCAGCCACGUUCUGUGUAGGGGGAAAACUAAUGCAACUUUCUAGUGAAAUCACAGCAAGUGUUUAUCAGAACUGUGAACUGCAAGCUUGAUUCCUUUUUUAUUUGUAUUUCUGGUGGUUGAGUGCCUUGGUGCAAAGACCUUAAAAGGAUAAAGCAAUCAUAAACUGUGUUUCUCUGUCACUUCCAUAGUGAACCAGCAGCAGAUCUUAAACAGGAAGGUACUGUGUGGAGCAGCACUUUGGGCAGAAACAGCUGCCAGAACCUUAGGUUAGAUCUUUACUCAGUCAUGAAACAAAUCUUGGUUAAAUUAAAAGUGAUUCUUCACACUGUCAGCUUUUAAUUUUUGUUACGGAGAUAACGUACCCGAUGAAGUGCAAUGACAAUAAAAUCUUUUUUUUCAAAGUUAUCUUAAAAAAAGUGUCUGGCUUUAAACAGGCUUAUGGCAGAAUUUUUCAGUAUUCAAGGCAUAUGUAAUAUGAAAGUAAAUUUAUUGUUGACAGUAUUUCACUGUACUAUUUCAGGUUUUGAGCAUUUACUGUACUAAAUUGUACAUUGUCUAUUGUAGUCUAAAUACAACCAAAGUGCCAGCUGGAAAGUUUUGCUGUGACCAUCCCUGAGGGGGCAUAUGUAAGUCUUGGUGAUAGAGAAGUAAUGGGCCAUGGUUAAUUACAGUUUGUAUUCUGGUAAUACUGUUAGAAUGUAACUUGGGCAGGGAUUGGGUUUGACUUUUUGUCAACAAAUGCUGUUUGGGGGAAGGGAAGGAUUUAAAUCUCAAUUUUAAUUACAGAAUAAUGUGGGUGAUUGUCCAAAUAAACUUGUUUCCUAAUACAUACAUCCAUGUACAUGCUACUUCUUUAACUAUUUUAUUUACUUUUUUUUUAUAGGAGUUGUGUGAGCAUUUCUUUUUACUUUUUAGUACCUUGCAAUAGAUUGUACUAGAGGCAAUGAGAUCAAACUGUUGUAUCCUGGGUUUGAUUAUGUUUUGGGGUUUUUUUUUAAUUAUUCCUUUGAUCUUUUACAUAAAAAAAUACAAAUGAACUUAAAAGA